AUGAAUAAUUUAACUAAAUCUAAAAACCCUGGUACAAAAGAGAAACCAUGUUCCUGUGAUGUCUGUGGAAAAUCAUUCUCUCAAAAAAGUAACUUGACUAGACACAGAUGUAUUCAUACGGGUGAGAGGCCAUAUCAUUGUGAUGUCUGUGAAAAAUCAUUCCCUCGAAGAAGUAACUUGAUUAGACACAGAUAUAUUCAUACGGGAGAAAAACCGUGUCAUUGCGAUACCUGUGGUAAAUCAUUCUCUUGUAAUAGUCAGUUGACUACUCAUAGACGUAUUCAUACUGGUGAAAAACCAUAUCCCUGCGAUUUAUGUGAUAGAUCAUUUUCUCAAAUUGGUGCUUUAACUAGACACAGACGUGUUCAUACAGUUAUAACACUCACUCGUCACAAACUUAUUCAUACUGAGGAAAAUCCUUAUCAUUGUGAUAUCUGCGGUAAAUCGUUUCCCAGAAAUAACACUCUCACUUGUCACAAACGUAUUCAUACAGCAAGAGUAACAAACAUAUUCAAAAUUGGGGAAAAUCCAUAUCACUGUAACAUCUGUGGUAAAUCAUUUGCUGAAAAUAAUUUUUUAACUAGUCACAAGGAUAUUAAUACAGAAGGGAAGCCAAAUCCUUGUGACAUCUGUGGUGAGUCAUUCUCUCAAAAAGGCCUCUCAAGUACACAUGUGAGUGUUCAUUCACAAGUGUAA